GAAUAUAAAGUGCGCUCAGUCCUGAAAACAGUUUGUCACAAACUAUUUUUCUUCAUACAAAUUUAUUAGUGUGCUCCUGCAAAACGGCUGAUAACUAAAACCAGUAUGGCUCUCUUUCUCCGGGUUACGGUGAUGGUCCUGGCUGUGAUUGGGCUGACCAGGGCUGGAUGUCCACCGCUAUGGACUGAAUAUCGUAACAACUGCUACCGUUUAAUGGGUCAUGAAAAGUCGUGGACCGAUGCCGAAAACCACUGCCGGCAGUUCUUUACCAUCAGCGGACAGGGUCAUCUUGCAUCCGUGCACAGCUCUGACGAAGCGGAUUUCCUGCUCCAGUAUUCGACAUCUUCAUUGACCUCUGCCUUGGACAAACAAGUUUGGCUUGGGAUGUCCGACCAAUCAAAUGAAGGCACUUUCAGCUGGAGUGACGGCACAGCGUUCGACUACGAGGAAUGGCUUCCUGGACAACCGGAUAAUGCAGGCUCAAAUGAAGAUUGCGGUGAAAUUGUGCCCCAUCGAAUGGGCUGGAAUGAUGGCCGCUGCUCCGAUCACCAAUCACACGUCUGCAAGAUGCCAAUGCCAACUGUUCUUUGAAUACAAACCGAUGAAAGCAAACAUGCAGCCUCCAUAACAUUUCAUCUAGAGAAAACAAAAAUCACUUAUUCGCCGGGGACAUGACUGAAUUCAGAGUUGUACAAAGUUGAUUUCAGCUCUACCCAGAAUGGUUAUUGAAUCGUCCCACAAAUUCAAUGAGCCGAAGCAUUGAUCAACUCAACAAAGUAACUCAUCCACAACAGUAACUCAAUAGAGUCACUCAAAACAGUUAAUCGUCAGUGUCACCCACAAAAGUUUCUCGCCAGAGUCACUCACAACAGUCACUCGCCAGAGUCACUUACAACAGUUACUCACCAGAGUCACCUGGCACCCACAACAGUUACUCGUCAGAGUCACUCACAACAAUCACUCAUCGGAGUCACUCACAACAGUUACCCAGCAGAGUCACUUACAACAGUUACUCGCCAGAGUCACUCACAACAGUUACUCGCCAGAAUCACUCACAACAGUUACUCGCCAGAGUCACUAACAUCAGUUACUCGUCAGAGUCACUCACAACAAUUACUCAUCGGAGUCACUCACAACAGUUACUCGCCAGACUCACUCACAACAGUUCAUCGCCAGUCAAUCACAACAGUUAGUCGCCAGAGUCAGCCACAGCAGAUACCAGAGUCACUCACAACAGUCACUCGCCAGAGUCACUCACAACAGUUACUCAUCGGAGUCACUCACAACAGUUACUCGCCAGACUUAAUCAUAACAGUUACUCGCCAGAGUCACUCACAACAGUCACUCGCCAGAGUCACUCACAACAGUUACUCAUCGGAGUCACUCACAACAGUUACUCGCCAGACUUAAUCAUAACAGUUACUCGCCAGAGUCACUCACAACAGUUACUCGCCAGACUUAAUCACAACAGUUUCUCACCAGAGUCACUCAAUUGCAUUACAAAGAAUUUUUUCCGAAUAAUUAUGGCUAAUAUUACUCAGAGCACUAUGCAUUAAAAACAUAGAGGCUAAAAUGUCGAUUAUUUGGACAACAAAAAUGCUUGCAAUUUUAAUCAUUAUUUUGCUUUUUAGUUUUUAGCUGAGCCAACCAUUGUUUUCGAAGAGUUAGAUUAGUUUAAUUCUUUAACUUUGAAUAAUUUUGUAUAUAAAAGCACACCAUACAAUUUACAUGCAAACGACAAUUUAAUGCUUAGUCAUCGAAUUCGGAAGGUAACUAUUUAGAGAAAUUUUCACCAUUAACAGAAAUUUAGUUUUGAGGGGAUUUUAUCAAAUCGACAUUGAUCAAUCGAUUGUUAAGGCAAAGUUUGGGUUUAUGGAACCAUAUUUCCAUCGUUUAAUUUAAUAAUGUAAUUAAAUACAAUACCACUAAA